AUGUAUAAAUAGCUCAAUGAUUUCUUAAUUAAAGAAUAAUUAUUCUCAUACAAAAAGCGUGCUUAUUAUAAUGCUAUUAAACUACAUCCUGAAAAUGGUAUUUAAUUCAUUCUAAUAUUUUGAAGGAGAAAAUGUAUAAUAUAUGUGUUAAAUAAUUUCUAAACCACCAAUUAAUCCUUCAAUUGAAUAAAACUUUAAAAAACUAUGUAACAUUUCAAAUAGAAAUGUCAUUUAAUACAUUGAUUUUAAAGAAUCCCCAAAAAACUACUAGAUAUUUAUGGAGUAGAUAAAUUAAGGGAAUUUAGAUGAAAUAAUGAAUAACACAAAUAUAGAUGAAGAUACAGCUAAAUGUUAUUUUAGAUAAAUCUUAAAUGGUUUAAAAUGUAAGAUUUGAUUACAUCUAGCCUUGCAUGAAAAUUAAAUUACUUUUAUAGAUCUAAAUCCUUAAAACAUUUUUAAAAGCAAUGAUGAAAUAAAAAUAGGAUAAAUAAAUAUCUUCAUAGACGAAAUAGCAAAUAUGGAAAAUGAUUAAGAUUUCAAUGAUUAUCAAAUUGUUAAGGAAAUAAUUCCGCCUGAAAUUCUACAAUAUUAAACUUAGGCUUCAAUGGUCUCUGAUUUAUAUUCUGUAAGCGUAAUCUAUUUUAAGCUAAUAUACAAAAGAUAUCCUUUUAAUGGGUCAACUAAAGAAGAAUUAAUUUAAAACAUCAAAAAAAAUAAUAUUGUAAUCAAAAUAAUCAUUUUAGGAUUUCUCUAAUAAUGAUAAAAUAAUAAGUAAUGAGUCGAUAGAUUUUCUAUAAAAAACUCUUAGAUUUGAACCAAAUGAGAGAUUAAAUUGGUCAUAAGUUUAUUAGCAUCCACUAUUAUAAUUACUUAAAAUUAACAAAAAUUCAAUUGCAUAAUCAACUCUGUUAUCUAUUUCAAUGAAUCAAUUAAUUUCAAAAUCAGAUCUUCUACCUAAAGUUUUCGAUUGUGAAAAAAAUAGAUAAUUUUAUCAAGAUAUUGAAUAAAAAUCUAUUUCAACAAUUCAUAAAAAUAACACUUAAACUAUUUAGAAGCAAAAAAGUAAAUUUUAAAAUUUUAUGAUUAUUUAAGGUUAGAAUGAAGAUCUAGAUUAGUUUGAUAAGUAAUUAUCAAUAGCCAAAGAUCUUUUUAAAGAGUAAAGAAUAAAAUUAUUAUAAAAAUAAUUAGAUUAUUAUAUUGAAUAGAGGUAUAUAUUUAAAUUUUAUAUUUUAGAAAUAUAUAUUCUAGUUUAUCACAAUCACUAAGUUAUGUCAGACUUUUUAAUAACGAAUUUCAUUCAGCAACUUUAGAAUUUCUAAUUCUAAAACUUAUUUUUCUCAUUUCUAAAUAAUUGAUUUAAUAAAUUUAUGAAAUUAAAUUAGCAGCCUAAUUUGAACAAUGCCUCUGUUAAGAUUUAUAAGAAAAAUAUGAUAAUUUUUAGAAAAAAAUUGAUGAAGAAUAUAAAAUUAUUGACUCAUAAUUUUCUAAAGCCCUAUACCAAGCAUAAAUAUAUUUAGAAAAGUCUCAGAAAAAAGCAAAUUUUGAUGGAAGAUUAUGGGGAAUAAUUAAUAGAACAACUUAGUAUUCAAUCUUUGAAUUUUUGAGAGAUCAAACGAGAACUUUUAUCUAAAGCAUACCAACAUUUAAGGUAUAAACUAAUUUAAUAAGGUUAUCUUAAGUGACAUUAAAAUAUAGUAUCAAAUUAUUAUUCAAAUUUUAUUUAGUCUUGCUCUAGUAGUUUCAUAUUUAUUGAAAUAAAACCCCAUUUAAAUCCUUAAAAAAUCUCCAAUAGAGUAUGAAUAAGUAUUUUUCAAAAUUUUAAUGUAGUAUAUUCGUACUUAAUCUACAGAGACCCUAAUAGAAGAAUAUAAAGAGAAAUAAAAAUGUAUCGAGUAAGCUUUUGAUAAAGUAUCAAAAAUCUGCAUUUAAUAGAUUUGA